AUGGCAAAAGCUAGGGAAGAAUCUGGAGGGAGUGCCAGCCUGGAGGACGAACUCAGCUGUCCCAUCUGCUUGUGUCUGUACAGGCACCCAGUGUCAGUGAGCUGCGGUCACAGCUUCUGCAAGGAGUGCAUCCAGAAGGUGUUCAGUGCCCAGCAGCAAUCCAAGGCCACUUACUCCUGCCCCAUGUGCAAGAUCCAGCUGGGGCCCAUUCUGGAGCUGCAGAAGAAUUUCCAGCUGUGCAGCAUCGUGGAGGCAUUUCUGGCCACGACUUCCAAAGGACAACAGGGCAAGGGUUCUGCAGAGGGGAAGAAGGAAGGCGUUCCUUGUGAUUUCUGCCUGGAUCAGUCCCAGCCAGCAGUGAAAACCUGCCUGAUCUGCGAUGCGUCUUUGUGCCAGGCCCAUCUGAACAAACACAACACCAAGGCUUCCCAGCAGGUCCACGUCCUGGUGGAGGUGGGUGGAGGUGGUCUGGCGGCAGAGAGGAAGUGCCUGGAGCAUGGCAGGCUGCUGGAGUGCUACUGCCAGAACGAGGGGCAGUACAUCUGCAUGCUCUGCUCCAUCGCGGGAUGCCACAAGGGCCACAGCAUCAUCACUCUGAAGGAGGCACAUGACAAAAAGCUGGGUGAACUCUCAAACAUGGUGACAUGGCUGCAGGAACGUAAAACUGCUUUAGCUACCGCCCUAGAAGAGCUUCAGGAAAACGAGAAUCAGCUCAAGACCAAUAAGAAAACAGUGACUUUUCAGCUGCAAAAGCUGUUUGAAGAGCUGAAGACAGAGAUUAUUCAGAAAGAGAAGAAGUUGCUGUGUGACAUUCAAUCCAAUGAGAAAAAACAACUGUCAGACAUAACGAAAGUGAAGAAGGAAAUGGAACAGAGGAGAGAUGAGGCUGCACAGCAUCUUCAGUCUUUGCAGAAGAUGAGAGAGCAACCAGAUAUUUUCCUGUUUUCCAAACAUUUGAAAGUUCCCAUCCACGUUUGGAUUGCGAGUCAGAAUUUUGGCACCAGCAGGAUGGACGUGGUGGUAGUGCAGCUGGAUCAGGACAGGAUCAACCACUUCCAGCACCUGAUGAAGGACGUCCUCAAUCGCCUGGGCUGGCUGCUGCGAGACAUGCAGAGUGAACUCGCCAACCAAAUUAAGUGGAACAG